CUCUGUCGGCGAAUAGGAAGCGCUUGUUUUGCUAGAUCAUAAUUAGCAGCCUGUUUAAUUAUAAGCUAUUGCUUAUUAAAAAUAGAUCAAAUUUAAACAUUACGAAAUUCUGUUUUGCACGUGUCAGUAUUAUCCCUGUCUUUGUGAAACUGUGUUCGCAAUAACGCAGAUAUGGUAGCCUAGUCCUGACCCUGACCGUCAAAUUAUGUCAGUCGAAGGCGAAGCAGUGGUAAAGUAGUGAGAAGAACAGCAGCGUGGCUGAGUAAGAAGGCGAAUUUAUACAGAGACUUAAGGACUUAAAGAAAAUAACCAUCGAAGCGUUGGUUUCAGGGGCUGAAGAGACGGACGUGAAAAGUUGGACUGGAGACUCUGAAGGUCUGAAGGGUCAUGCAGAGGCCUGCUCAACAGAGUUCAAUAGAGGAUGCUGAGAGCAACAACAGAGGGUCAACUCGCACCGCCUCGUAUGGGUUCCUGCCUUGGCUCUUCAUCUGGCGCAGUGGGCAGGGCAGAAAGAAUUUUGGCUAUGGACAGAGGCAGAAGAGCCAGAGUGUGUGUGAGAGCACAUCUCUCAGCUGGAGCAGAAUGACAGACGAUAAACGGCCACAGAACCUGGCGCUCAUUAAAGAGCUGGAGUACAUCCUGGACUCCUGCAAACUGGAGUUGACUCCCAUAGCUGAGGUUUGGCCCAACCUCUACAUAGGAAACGUGGCCAUUGCCCAGAACAGAGGAGCAUUACAGAAGCUGGGCAUCACUCACAUCCUGAACGCAGCCCACUCUAAACAGGGCAGCAUCGGCGACCAGAGUUACUACGGCAAUGCCUGUCUGUACUGUGGGAUCCCUGCUGAAGACUCCUCCCACUUUGAUAUCAGCCAGUACUUUCAGGCUUCUGCAGACUUCAUACACAAGGCCCUGGAGACCAAAGAUGGAAAGGUGUUGGUACACUGCAUCAUGGGUAUGAGUCGUUCCGCUACACUGGUCCUGGCUUACCUGAUGCUGCGACGACGUGUCACAUUACGAGAUGCCUUGAGACAUGUGAUACAGCGGCGUGCCAUCUACCCCAACAGGAACUUCCUGGCGCUCCUACUCAACCUCGACACUCAGCUCACACGCAAGAGAAGGCUCUGCCCUCUCCUCUGACAGCUCCUGUUUGGUUCCUCACACCUCUCACUGCUCUCUCCUUUUUGGACAAAAGUCCACUUACCCUC